AUGGGCUCUGAUUCUAUAAUUUCAAUCGGCUCUAGUCCACCAGAUUCCAAUGAAUCUGAUACUACACUUCCCAUGAUCUCAGACCUUAGUCCUCCAGGUUUCAAUAGAUCUGAUACCACACUUUCCAGGACCUCAGAUCUUGGUUUUCCAGAUUUGAAUAAGUCUGAUACUACACAACCCAGGGUUUCAGAGUGUUCUCGUCCAGAUUCCAAUAGGCUUGAUUUUACACUCCCCAGGAUGCCGAGUCUUAAUCAUUCAAGUCGUCCAGAUUCCAAUGGGCUUGAUUUUACACUUCCCGGGUUCUCAAACCUUCCGACUCCCAAUAACUCUAGUACUCAGCUUCGAAACUAUCCUAAUCCUUUAAAUCCCAAUGACUUCAGGGCUCCAGCCCCUAACGGCCUUGGCCCUAUAGUUGAGAAUCACUCUGGUGUUCUUCGUCUUCCAAUCACAGAUGGACACACACUUGACUCUGGCCCAUCAAAUCCCCCCAAACUGAUUCUCUCGCAACCAUGCAUUUCCUGCAGUCUUAAUUCUCCUCAGGGUCCACCAUGCAAUAGAGUUCAGCCUUGCUUUAAAUGUGUCAAUUCAAACACAUUCUGUUCGUUUCCAGCACGCACUUCUUUUGUUGAACCAGGUUCGAUUCUACAUUUACCCCUCACAAAUACACUGGCUGCUAACAAUAAUAUUAAUGUGAAGAUAUCUGAGGAGUGCAGCAGAGAUCCAUCUAAUAGACAAAAUCUCGUAACGGCAGUCCAGAGCACAAAGACGGCGGCGAAACUUAUAGAAGAUCUACGGUGUAAUCAUCCUAUAUCACACACUGUACCUGAGCACGAACUGACAGACCAAGUAGCUUCAGCAUUAAUAGCGAUUGCUCCAGUCCCGAAUUACAUCUUUUUCCGGUAUUACAUCCAAGGCAGGGAGAUAUGGGCGAAUGAUCAUGCGUUAGUGAGAGACCUGAAGUGGGGAAAUGAUGAUUAUAUAGAAUUGCGUGCCUUCAAUAUUCAUACGGGAAGGGAGUAUCAUGGAUGUAUGGGAAGAUGGUUUCAGAGUGUAUGA